AUGUUUCAAUCACGUGGAUUGGGUGGAGCGGGCAUUUCUCAUUCUCUGCCCUGCGUGCUGGCGAAGACACUUCUACUGUUUGUGGCAGUAGUCGUGCAUCAAUCUGCGAUUUCAGAAGUCCACGCGUCCGAAGCCGGGCGGAAAUACAGCGAAGAUUACAUCACGGAUCUCUCCUAUCCAAGAAAAAAACUUUGUAAGUGUAAAUCUGUGAUGCGAAGCAUGUAACACACUUACACUUGUCAUGCUAGGCAACCAUGAAGUCCUCUUUCAUAUGUGUUUUCACGUACUGGCUGUGCGUGACAGGCUUUCUUUGUAAUGCGGAACAGAUUUGGCAUGCUGUCACCUCAAGACACGUACACCAACACAAUUUUUUUCUUGCGAUAUCUCCUGGUGCCGGAGCUUGUCCCACCACUUCAAGUGGGAACGGUUGUUGCAAUUGCAACGAAACUGCGAGCUGACGGUCGUAAAAAGAGAACAACAACUUCUAUCAAGCGGCAGCUAUAGCAAUUUUGUUGGUGUGGAAGAAUUGGAACUUUUUCUCUGUAGCGACAACGCAGAUUGUUCUACCAAUCCUUCCGGUUCAACAUCAGCAUCAGCAUCGCCUUCUUCCCCUGGAGAUGAAAAGAAAGCGACAGCAGAUCAUGCAGACCAACCGGAUACCGCUUUCUCGAAAGCAGCCGACGCAGUAGAAUUUGCGCUGGAGUGGCAAUGGGCUCGUCCUAUCCUGAGUAAAAACGCACCCACACCAGAGUUGUAGUGCAGAUUUGCAAAGACUGGAAGACUUGUAAUGCGCAUCCCCAUGAGAGCCAUUUCCAGUCGUGUUUUGGAAUUUGUGAUGCUGUGAACAGGAUGAGGAGGUGGAUUUGUUAUGCGGAUUCCCUUGCUAAACUGCACUACAAUACAGCCUGCAAGUUGUCAUGCGUGACUCACAAAACUCCUAGGUUUGUGUUGCAAAAUCCCCACCCUGACUCUGGUGUGGGUACGUUUUUACUCAGGAUACGUCCCACGGAGUAUCUAUGUGCGAACGGCUUGGUCACAGCGACGCUGAUACUUCUGCAUGAGGAUGUGAAAAACCGGUUUUUAGCCACCUUUGCGCAAGAUGUUGACACCAACGCGGACGAUGAAACUCGCACUACGAAUGCAAAAAAUUAUUCUAUCCUCGACUUGCACAAGGCCCUGCAAAUCGAAG